AUGCCCAAGGUCCAGCCCAACCUCUACGCCUUCCGCAACGUCGACUCUCUGGCGACGGCCCUCCGCGGUUACGUUGCACAGAGCCAAGACGCCGGCUUCUCACGUCACGACUCGUUCAAAGUCGCCGUGUCGGGCGGCUCCCUACCCAGAAUUCUCGCACAGGCUCUCCUCUCCCCGUCAACUGGUCCCAAGGAUGUCAUCGACUUCGCCAAGUGGGAGAUAUUCUUCGCCGACGAGCGUGCUGUGCCUCUCGACCACGCCGACUCCAACUACGGCCUCCUCAAGUCCGAGCUUCUCGACAAGAUUCCCGCCGACCAGCGACCUACCGUCCGUCCCAUAGACACCACCUAUCUCAGCGAUACCCAGGAACUCGCCGACCAGUAUGAAAAGACCCUCGUCGGCAGCUUUGCGAGCCGCGACUCUGUUCGCCUCCCCAUCUUCGACCUCAUCCUCCUGGGCUGCGGCCCCGAUGGUCACACCUGCUCCCUGUUUCCUGGCCAUCCUCUGCUCCGCGAAACGGAUGCCUGGGUCGCCGCCAUCGAAGACUCUCCCAAGCCCCCGCCCAAGAGGAUCACUCUCACUCUACCUGUUGUUACCCACGCCGUUCGCGUAGCAUUUGUCGCUACAGGCGGUGGAAAGAAGGACAUCAUGAAACAAAUCUUCGACUCCCUCGAGUCCACCCUGCCCUGCUCACUGGUCAACGAGGCAUCCGGCGACAGAUGCAGCUGGUUUGUGGACGAGCCUGCUGUCGAGGGUGUCGCAUUUCCCAGAAACGCCUUCCUGUAG